GACCGUAGAGUUGCAGAGGAGAGUUGAGUUUACUCCAUUUGUCCUUCCCAAACUCCAAAUUUGUGUUCAACACAAUUCCUAUUCUUGGAACACAACUACAUAUGAUACUACACAAUUCCUACAUAUGACCACCACCACCACCAACACCACCACCCGACACCGCUCCUAGUUGAAACUCUUUCUCUUUUUGAUACCCGUAUGAAUGGCUUGGAGAGUGGUGGGGAAGAAAGGGAUUCAUCAUGCCAGCCUUAUUAGAGCUCUGGCUUCAACAUCACUGGGGCAUGCAGCAGAGUUAACUUUGGCUUCUAGUCUUGGUUCUGCAGUAAAAUCAGUUUCAUCUGCAGAGUUCUCUGUUAAUUCAUUGCUAUGGGGUCCUCGAUAUUGCAAAGUUUUGACCACUGAUCCUUUCACAAGGUGUUUUCAUGCAAGCACAAACCUGCUGACUAGAAGAAGAAUUGAUGAGCUUUCUGGUUUAAAGAUCGCUGGGAGAGAGAAACCAAAAGGAAAGUUUGCCAAGAGGAAAAAGACUGAGCCCCCUGUUGAAGCUCCAUAUGUUCCUAAACUUAAAAGAAUUACCAAAUCCUUACAAGAAAAAACAGUUGAAAUAUUUGGUGGCAUGACUCUUGUUGAGCUCGCUAAAAGAACUGGUGAGCCAAUAGCUGCUCUGCAAGGUAUUCUUGUAAACGUUGGGGAAAAGGUUGAUUCAGAGUUUGACACUCUAAAUAUCGAUGUUGCGGAACUUGUUGCAAUGGAAGUAGGGGUUAAUGCCAGGAGGAUACAUGCCAGUGAAGGUCAGGAGAUUCUUCCACGACCACCUGUUGUGACAGUGAUGGGUCAUGUUGAUCAUGGGAAAACAUCUCUUUUAGAUGCAUUACGUCAAACAUCAGUGGCGGCACAAGAAGCUGGAGGCAUAACUCAGCAUAUUGGUGCUUUUGUUGUGGGCAUGACCUCAGGAGCCUCAAUUACAUUCCUUGACACUCCUGGUCAUGCUGCAUUUAGUGCCAUGCGAGCAAGAGGAGCAGCAGUCACAGAUAUAGUUGUUCUAGUUGUUGCUGCAGAUGAUGGAGUAAUGCCACAAACCCUUGAAGCCAUGUCCCAUGCAAAGGCAGCUGAUGUGCCUAUUGUUGUUGCAAUUAAUAAAUGUGAUAAGCCAACUGCUAACCCAGAGAGAGUAAAACUUCAGCUUGCUUCAGAGGGCUUGCUAUUGGAGGAGAUGGGUGGGGAUGUUCAGAUUGUUGAAGUUUCAGCAAUGAAGAAAAUUGGAUUGGAUAAGUUGGAAGAGGCAUUGCUCCUUCAGGCUGAGAUGAUGGACCUAAAAGCACGCAUUGAUGGGCCUGCCCAAGCUUAUGUGGUGGAGGCUAGACUUGAUAAGGGACGUGGUCCGUUAGCCACAGCAAUAGUAAAGGCAGGGACUCUGGUCUGUGGGCAGCAUGUGGUUGUGGGCUCUGAGUGGGGUAGAAUAAGAGCUAUCAGGGAUAUGGUGGGGAGAUUGACAGAGUGGGCCAGACCUGCAAUGCCAGUUGAGAUUGAAGGGCUGAAAGGCCUACCAAUGGCUGGUGAUGAUAUUGUGGUUGUGGAAUCUGAAGAGCGAGCUAGAAUGCUCAGUGAAGGGAGGAAAAAGAAAUUUGAAAAAGACAGACUCAGGAAGAUUAGCGAGGGAAGGGAAGAAGCUUUGGAGCCAUCUGAAGAUGUGCCUCAGAGGGUUGAAAUGCCAAUAAUUGUAAAAGCAGAUGUCCAGGGCACCGUCCAGGCUGUCACAGAUUCAUUGAGAACCUUAAAUAGUCCCCAGGUUUUGGUGAAUGUAGUCCAUGUUGGUGUGGGGCCUAUUUCACAGUCUGAUGUUGACUUAGCUCAAGCAUGUGGUGCAUGUAUAGUUGGGUUCAAUAUAAAAAGCCCCCCUAGUACUGUCAAUCAAGCAGCCACUCAAGCCAGUAUAAAGAUAGUGUUACAUCGGGUGAUCUAUCACCUUCUGGAGGAUAUUGGCAAAUUGAUAGUGGAGAAGGCCCCUGGCACUUUUGAGACUCAAGUGGCAGGGGAGGCUCAGGUGCUGAAUAUCUUUGAGCUCAAAGGAAGGAGCAAAUCCAAGGGAGAUGAUGUGAAGAUUGCUGGUUGCCGGGUGAUUGAUGGACGUGUCACCAAAUCAUCAACCAUGAGGCUUUUGAGGAGUGGAGAAGUUGUAUUUGAAGGGUCUUGCAUAUCACUAAAGCGGGAGAAGCAGGACGUUGAGGCAGUAGGGAAGGGGAAUGAGUGUGGACUUGUGAUUCGUGAUUGGGAUGAUUUCCAGAUUGGAGACAUCAUCCAGUGCUUGGAGCAAGUAAUUAGAAAACCCAAGUUCAUUUCCUCAGAGAGUGGAGCUGUUCGAAUUGAGUGUUGAAGGUACAUCACAUUGAAACCUUUAACAUAACGUUCACCAUCAAACUCAAUAAUUUUCCUUUUUUCAUCAACUGUCUGCUACUGCAUUGGAGAUUUUUGUCAAAUUGUAUUCUUUACCUGGACUCGCUAGAGGGCACAAACCUUAAGAGGGUUAAGGCUGGCAGCAGUCAGCAGAGAUUUUUGAACAUUCCAAAUUGUUAGAUGAUACUGAUACUUACAUUCAUAACUUACUAUUUAUAAAAAUUUUGUUGUAAACUCGACAGAUCUUAUUGCCAAUUGUACCAUAAAAUAAUGUUGCAAUU